AGGAUGCACUGAAUUGUUUAUGCAUCGAUGUAUUGACUGCUAAUAGAGACGUCAAGCAAAGUUUUCUCCACCCACACACAUUUAAAGUUUAAAAAGGCAAAAACUCGCUACCAUGAGUAGGCAAAAGCAGAGUACCAGCUCCAACAACAGUGGCACAUCAUCGGAAACCAGCGAGACGCAAAGUGUGGAUGACCAGCAAGGUACUCCGCAUUCAGCCAUUCGUUCGAGUAGUGCAUCAUUGAGUAGAGCCAAAAACAGUUGGAGACGCAUGAAGGAGCUGGCUGCGGAGAAGGAAAAGGAAAAUGAGGCCAAGCGACCUCCUUGGCGUGCAGUUAGCGUUUCCACGCUCACCAAGCCCGAUAAGAGCGCCUUGCUUCGGGCCAAGUUACUGGAUGCUUCGAGACGACUAAGAGCUGGCAAGGCUAAUGUGGCUUUGCAGACGGACUUUGUGCCGACGAAGCUCAUGAAGGAAGUCAGUUUCGGUGUGCAGAAGGAUCUUAUUCUGCUCAAGGACGUAGGUAUUCUCACCGAUGGUCAGUAUUCCAAAAAGAAGGAUGGCUAUGAGAAGUAUGUUCUUACCUAUUCCAUGUCCCAAAUGACCGACAGUGUGCCUACCGUUUCGCGUCAAACACAGACGCUACUGCCGAAGGCCUAUAACAAGGAUCUGGUCAACUCCUAUCUACCCAAAUCAGAUGAGGAUGACAGUGAUGGCAUCUCCGAUGUGGAGAAGAGACUUGGUGAUCAGAUAGCCAAAAUACGGAGGCUCAACUUUGAUGAAUCGAAUCAGUUGAGGGGAAGUGGGAGUAACUCUAUCUUGGCUCCUACUCUGGCAUCCUGGCAUUUCGAUGACGAUGCCGUGGAAAUGGAAUCUGAGCGACAUUUUAUACCCUAUACCAUCGAAUCGUUUAAGCCUUGGCGCAGCUUCGUUCCCUUUCCCUUCCGAUUAAGGGGUAAUGCCCUGAUCGGCACCCAGAAAAUAGAUUGGUACGCCCUGCUGCAGUCCAUCGAUGACCUGAUCAAGGAGUCCAACCACUUGGUAGACAAACUGGAACACAUCAUGGUUGAGAAUCAAGCGCAUCGCAGGUCUGUUUUGGGAAAACUGGGUAAAAUACCCACCUUUGAACCGACCAAGUUUAUAGCUCCAUCGGAGCAGUGGUUGCCCCUCAUUGAACAGCAGGAAAAGCAAUUGCAAAUUUUUUUAAGCGGCAAUGAGGCUAAGAAUGCCUCACCAGAAUAGAGCUAUUCAAAAAUCACAAAUGCUUACAAAAUAUUGGAUCAAUCGUUGAAACUUCUUUCCAAUGAAACUAUAUGGUAAAUGGCCUAAGGCUUUGUUAAUUGUUUUGGAAAAGCUUAUAAACGCACAAAAACUAGUUGAAUAAAGAUAACACAAUGGAGUUUA